AUGAGCAACCCCCAAUCGAACACGUAUCCGUCUAGUCCACCAACGUUGACGGCUAGCAGCAGCCAGUCAACCACAACCGCCGGCCAAAGUGCUUACCAAACCCCAACCCAGGCGGGCAAGCCUGGAUUCGUGACUCUUGCCGACAAGUCGGACGAAGUCCCCCUCGACUGGAUCGUGACGGCGGCCAAUGAAAUCCUGAAGCAUCAUACAGACUCUUCUUGCUCUUCUUGGGGUCAGUUGCAGCCCCACAAAAAAGUUGCUCUUGCAUUUCUUAUCUACAAAAAGCAGCACGAGUGGCUUUUACGCAACAAUUACAAUCAAGACAUGGGGGCGGUGGCGACCGCAAUGAUGGAAAAAGUGAACCAGAUAUGUUGGAACCCAACGAUCUACUCUCCACUUGCGGCCUUUCUCCGCAAAGGAGGUGAUGGAAUCCUCUCUAAGAACGAUGCCGAAGACCGCGAUUACUGGGACGAGUUUUUGACCAACCAUCCAGACUGGCGU